AUGGGUGCUCGGCGACGACCGCGGCCGGGGGCGGCCGCGGCGCUCCUGCUCCUCCUGGCGGUGUCCCUCGGUUUCGGUACGUGCUACGCCGCUGCGGCCGGCGUCGCCCCGAACUCGGGCGCCGGCGGCAUGACGGAGCUGCAGAAGCAUGUGGCGUUCUUCGACCGCGACCGCGACGGCAUCGUCACCUUCGACGAGACGUACCAGGGUCUGCGGGACGUCGGGCUCGGAGCCGUCGCGGCCAAGGCCAGCGCCGCGCUGAUCAACGCCGCCAUUGGCCCCAAGACCAGACCUGACAAUGCAAACUCCUCGUCGUCGCGCAUGGAUAUCUACAUCCAGAACAUCCAGAAAGGGAAGCACGGAAGCGACACGGGCGCCUAUGACGCUCAAGGAAGGUUCGUUCCUGCGAGGUUGGACGAGAUGUUCGCCAAGCACGCCAAGACCGCGCCGAACGCCAUGACGAAGGACGAGCUGGACGAGAUGCUCAAGGCCAACCGAGAGAGCAAUGACGUCAACGGAUGGGUUGCGGCCAAGGCGGAGUGGGAGAUGCUGUACGAUCUCGCCAAGGACAAGGACGGGCGCCUGCAGAAGGACACCGCGAGGGCCGUCUACGACGGGGCUCUCUUCUACCAGUUGGCGGGGAAGAAGGAUUUUGUGGACAGAGUGCCGUCGAUUGAUCCAACUGGUUCGCUGCCGGAGGGCUCGAGGCCGCCACCCGCCGCCGCCCGCCACGGCACACGGCACGCUUCUGUUGUGCAGGAGUGCGGGUCUAGCCUUCAGUUACCUGCGGAUCAAUACCAGCUGCGCCGCGAAAGCCGAGCGGAACAAACUGCGGGAAGGGGAGGGAAGGGAAGGAGAGAGCAGUUCAGCGCGCGGGGGACGGACAGCGUCGAGAGGGAAUCGCCGGGGAUGGGCGGCGCUCCGCGACGACCGGCGGCGGUGGCUGGGCCUUCUGCGCUGCUCCUGCUCGCCGUGCUCUUUGUGGGCCGGGCGGCGGCAGUCGGCGACUGCCCGACGGCGCUGCACAGGCACGCGGCGUUCUUCGACCGCGACGGCGACGGGAUCGUCACCCUAUCGGAGACGUACGGCGCUUUCCGGGCUCUCGGAUUUGGAUUCGGCGUGUCAACCGUCAGCGCGGCCUUCAUCAACAGCGCCCUUGGCAGCAAGUGCAGACCUGAGAAUGCAACGUCAUCGAAUAUGGACAUCUACAUAGAGAACAUCCAGAAAGGGAAGCAUGGAAGUGAUACUGGCUCCUAUGACACCGAGGGAAGGUUCGUUCCAGAGAAGUUCGAGGAGAUAUUCGCCAAGCACGCCAAGACCGUCCCUGACGCCCUGACGUCGGACGAGGUCGACCAGCUGGUCCAAGCCAACAGACAGCCCGGGGACUACGCAGGGUGGGCUGGCGCAGAAGCGGAGUGGAGGAUCCUGUACAGCCUCGGCAAGGACAAGGACGGCCUCCUCCACAAGGACGUCGUGCGGAGCGUCUACGACGGGAGCCUCUUCCACAGGCUCGCGCCCAACUGGAGUUCCCCCGAGAAGGAGAAGCAGCUGAGCCGGGAGGAGGGGAGCAUGCCGUCCGCGUUCUCUCGCGUUACCUGCCGGUACAAGCAAAAGUCCGAUUAGGAUGAGGGCCGGACGACUCUGAUGAAUAUGCUGUCAAGCAACAUGUAUUAGCGGUGUGAACGGGUGUGAACACUUUAAGAUUGAAAGGAGGUGUGUGUGAGCAGAAUCUGCUGACAGGACGACGGGUGGUUCCGUGUGGUCUGUCUGUCUGUCUGUCUGUAUCCUGUGAGUACGAUGGUUCUGGUUCUGUACGUGCGAGUGGCUGACAAUGGAUUUGCAUAUAGUACUUGGCAUUU